AUGUCUGCUCCCACCAAACAAUUUCACGGCCUUUCAAUAACCGGUGAUAUGUCGACGACACGCUCCCAGCCCGAGAAAGAGCCACACACAGACGAUAGCGACAGCAGCGAGCUCCUGAGAAGCGAAAGUGAGGAGAGUCAUGCUGAGGAGGGGGAUUCAGCUGCCUCUUCGUCCGUACGAGGAAAGUCAGGGAUCACCUAUGAUCUCGCCAGGCUUGACUCCGACACCGAAGCCAGGGCUCUCGUUGGGCUAACGAGUCAGUUCAAGGUAGUCAGCUGCUGUACGACACGAACAGGGUUUGAUUUCCAAUUCAUUGAGCAGCCCCGAGUUCAUCUCGGUCCAGAAGGGUAUACGUGCACCUGCUCGACCUUCUCAGGCAGGCCCAACGUGGCCUGCCAGCACAUUUUUUGGCUUCUUGAUCAGCUUCAUGGUUGCUUCAUCCCUCAACCUCCUCCCUCCGACAUUCUUCUGUCGAGCGAUGGACGUCUUCCAAACUUUGGUCGCGUUGAACAACUGCUGGAUGGCAAGCUGGAGACCAUUGCGGAUCAGCUGAGUUGGCAAUAUGUUCGCUCCGAAGCCGAAGGUGGGAUGAGCCGGCAGGACAUAGUCCGGGACAUCUUGUCGGCCUUUAGUACGGUGAUACUGCCUGAGGAGUUUCGUCUCGAUCUUCUUGAUGAUGCAGGACAGUCGCGUACCCCUGAGCAGUGUGUUGUACAGGGAGACUUUGAAGCCACAAUGUUUCGGCUCGCCGUGCACGACGACGGAGUAUAUUCCAGCCUAUGCAAGGCGAUGCCCAUUGCAGCAUGCGCCGUGAUCUUCUUUGACAAAGUGCAUCAAAGGCUGCGGAAGCUACUAGCAGACUUCGACCGCUAUUGCCUGAUGGGGCAGGCUUCAAAUAAGGCUGGAGGAAUGGACGUGGAGACUGUCAUUCUGGAAAUUCAAGAGAACGUCGAGCGCGUCCGGGAAAACAUCAUCGCUCGAGCACCGCAUGGUAUGGAAGGGGCUGCGAAGACCCUGGUCACAUUGCUGGAGGAUAUCUGCGGCCGUAAUAAGGAUGCGCUGGAGGGGAACGAAAGUGGUCGAGUGACAUUCCACGGGGAGGAUGAGGAUCAACGCAAUCUCUUUCACCAGCUUAUUGGCAAGGCCGAUGAAACUGGUGAAUUUUUUAUCCUCGAUGCCUUAGAGCAUGUACCAGCUAUGGCUCUUCACCAAUUCGUGGGCAGGUUGAAAGCUAUUCUACACCGGAUUGAAGUGGACCGAGCACCCAAAGCCUAUAUACUGAGACUCGAUGCGUUGAUACGUGCUGCGGAGUCACCUAUUGCCAAUGCAGGUCAAAAGCGACCGUCUUCAUCUACAAGUCGGGGCUACAGCAAACGCACACGGUGAGGAAUCUCAGGGUUUCAUUCCCCUACUUUGGAGUGAAUUACCAGUAAAUUCUGUUAUUGCAUGGUUUGGGCGGCUUUGUCAUUGAUACGCACUAUACACCACUGUUUGCAUUGCGAAGCGCGAGACUGUUUCAAUUUGAUUAACCUGAUAGAUAAGCUACAACAAUUCUCUUGGUCCUACUAUACAGCUAGCCUGGCACCGGUCC